UCGAGCACCAUACACUUUUGACUGUGAGGCAUUCUCUUGUAAGUCAGCUAUCCAGCUAUAACGGCGGCAAGAGUUUGAACCCAAUUUCGACUGGGCGUUGCCUUAGACUGUCUUUCGGAUAAACCACAUCUCUUUUGUCGUAUCGGUCGCUGCCAUCGCAGGUCACCUCCAUUUCCAAAGGGACUGGUGACAGGAUGAUGCGCUUCCGCAAGACCCGUAACCAAUAUUACCAACAGAGCUCCUUUCACGUUUUGAACGCCGAUGGAUCAUUCCCCGUCUCGCUUUCGGGUGACGAAGGCGACUAUUCUCCAGACCUUGUCGCAUCUCAGAAAUCGUGUCGAUUGGGAACUAUGAAAAGGCUAGGCUGUAUUGUACCGAUGCGGAAAGCGCGCUGUAGCGAAAGCGAGGAAGAAUCCUCUCUUACAAGGUACCGUUCCUCGUCCUUUUCAUCAGCCACAAGCACCGACGCUUCACUGGUGCUCAGCGAAUACGAUCCCUCAGCGUUCGUGCCGUGUCUCGAUGAUGUGGACCCGCUUUUUGUCACCGACGAAGGAUUGUUACUGCAGACGGACAGUACCAUGAAUUUGUCUAUGCAUCGUCUCGGAACGGUCGAGGAGGGCAACGAAGAAGAAACUGAAUAUUCAGAAUCAGAGCACGUGCGCGAAUUUUCGAGCUCGGCAUUACUUCUGAACUUGGACUCUCCAACGACCACAAGUCCGAUCGAAGACCUCAACAGGAAUUUUUCGGAACAAGUUGGAGGUAAAGUUCCAUCGCCUUCCCUUAAAAUUAGCAACCAUCCUAGUUCCGUGGAAAGCGAGGACCCAGAAGCGCCGAAUGACGAUAUUGAGGCAGAGUUUCGCAAUCGGUCAGGUGAACAUCCGUUCAAACCGAAGCGGCGUUCAUAUCUGCGACAAAACUCUCCUGGCGAUUCACCAGUGGAAUCCAUCAGUGACCGUCGAUCUGACCGUAGCAGCAGCUGUGGAGGUAGUGCAGCAGGAACCCCGACUUUCCACCCAAAAGAAUGCGAGUACACACCUAGCCGUUCUGUGCAAACAGCGUCAACCCACGCACUUACACCCGAUUCGUCACCAACCGGAUUCCGUUGGGCCGCGCCCAGGGCAACUCUGGCAUCUCAAUUGAAAGGUUCCCAAGAAUUAUCGCCGAUUUCACCGACGCAGCCAGCGCCAUCGUGGAUUGCACCCUUUAAAGACGACAAAUUCACUUUCCACAAUCUUUCUCACAAAUCCUCAAGAGACAGUUCACUUAGUCGUUCGUCUCCAAUUGUUAAACCGACUUCUGGCAAUAUUCAAAACUUGAUUAAUCGCUUCGAGAAGAAACCUUCGUCAGAGAAAGAGGACUCGACGAGUGUCUCUCGAAAACUGAUUAAGGGGAUAUUAGUAGACAAGUUCAAUCCAUCGCGCUUCGAACGUCGACAAGACCGAAGUACGCAAAAAGCUGCUGUCACCAGCAUUUCAAAGUGGGCUCACGUUACAGAGUCCGCUUUUGCUAGAAAGAAGGUGCAUCUUCAGGAGCCCUUGGAGGGAAGUUUCUGGCGAUCCCGAUCUAAUGCCGCUUACUCACGGGUUUUGGAGAAUCACGCCUUCGUUCCAAUUGUUCGUCCCUCUGUGGCAGGUCGUGAUGAGUUUGGUGACCUACUUACGCAUAGUUUUGUGUCUGAGUCGGGUGACUGUGAUAGGAAGGGCUACUGGGAGCUUGACCUAAAAACGGGGAAUGCAGUCAACCAAUCAUCUGAAUCAGAGAUUAUUUCGACGAGGGACAAAAAUGAGGGGACAGCUAGAUCAUUGACAGGGGUAUCUGACGAUGAUUGGGGACGCUUCAGUAAAUACGAUACUUCUUCAGAUAUUCUUGGCUUCCGAGCUCCGGGAAGCUGUGAGAUUUAA